AUGCAGGAGAAGAUAGACGUUGAGAUCUGCAUGCGGGACGGGGCCUACAAGCUCCCGGUGGCCAGCACCAUAAAAGAGUAGAUCCUGAAUGCCUCCAAGAACCUCCUGACCUGCAACUCUCGGAUCAAGGCCUACAAGACAGAGCUGCACAAGAAGGAGGACCACGAUAUGAGAGUCAAAUCUCUGAGGAGGUAAAGAUAACGGACCUUCUAUUGUGUCUGUUUGUGUGUUUAUUUUUGUGGAGUCGUGCUCCAUAAGUGAAGUUGAAUUUACAAUAUGUUUUGGUCUGCCAUAGACUAUCAGAUCCUGUUUCGAAUGAUCAUGUGGCCUGAAGUGGAAAAGUGGCCUUGUCUGGUAAGAUCCUUUUUUUCUGGAGUCAUAGAAGAGAACAAGGCCUACAGUGAAGUUGAAUUUACAAUAUGUUUUGGUCUGCCAUAGACUAUCAGAUCCAGUUUCAAAUGAUCGUGUGGCCUGAAGAGGAAAAGUAGCCUUGUCUGGUAAGAUCCUAUUUUUUGGUAGGAGAAGAGAACUAUUAAUAUCCUGUAUCCUAUCUUUCUUUUUCCUUGUAAUGUCAUGAAGAUAUUGGAGCCGAGCAGCAUGCCUUAUAACCAUUGUUGGAGAGAGUAAAUAAUUUACUGACAGGUUUGUCUUUGUCCCACACUGUAGGGCUGCAGAUGCCGUUGAUGUGGAAAGAUUCUGACCACUUCAAUAACAAAGAACGUGAGUAGCUUAUGUCAUUUGUUGUUUUCAGUGAAUGGAAAGGAAAGCAGAUGUUUGUUCAGGGAAAAACAAUAACAGAUGCUGUAGAAAUUCAGUUCAUAGAGACUGAACCUAAUAAUUAAAGCCAAUUCUCAUAUACAAUAUUCAAGUCUGGAUGCUGGAGCUGAUCGUGGACUACAGGAGACAGCAGAUAGAGCUUCAAGGUCCUCGGCGUGCACAUCACUGAGGACCUGAAAUGGUCCCUCAACACCGACAGUGUGGUGAAGAAGGUGCAAGAGCACCUCUUCAUCCUCAGGAGGCUGAAAAAAUGUGGCUUUGCCCCUAAGACCCUCACAAACUUUUACAGAUGCACCAUCAAGAUAAUUCUGUCGGGCUGUAUCACCACCUGGUAUGGCAACUGCACCACCAGCAACCGCAGGGCUCUCCAGAGGGUGGUGUGGUCAGCCCAGCGCAUCACCGGGGCAUGUAAUUUUCAGGACAUUUACACUUUAAUAAUUUAGCAGAUGCUCUUAUCCAGAGCGACUUACAGGAGAAAUUGGGGUUAAAUGCCUCGCUCAAGGGCACAUUGAACUGAUUUUUACCUAGUUGGCUCGGGGAUUCGAACCUGCGACUUUUCAAUAACUGGCCCAAUAACUGCUAGGCUACCUGACUCCCUGCCGACAUCUAGAUCACCCGGUGUCACAGGAAGGCUAAGAAGAUCGUCAAAGACCUCAGCCACCCGAGCCACGGCCUGUUCACCCCGCUACCAUCUAGAAGGUGGAGAAGUACACGUGCAUCCAAGUUGGGACCAAGAGACUGAUAAACAGAUUCCAGGCCAUCAGACUGUUAAAAUCACCACUAGCCAGCCUCCGCCAAUACCCUGCCCUGAACCUUAGUCACUGUUACUAGCCGGCUACCACCCGGUACUCUAACCUGCACCUUAGAGAUUGCUGCCCUAUGUACAUAGUCAUUGAACACUGGUCACUUUAAUAAUGUUUACAUACUGUUUUACCCACUUUAUAUGUAUAUAUUGUAUUCUAGACAUGGCUCAUCCUAUGCCUUCAGAAAGUAUUCAUACCCCUUGACUUCUUCCACAUUUUGUUGUGUUACAAAGUGGGAUUAAAAUGGAUUUAAUUGUCAUUUUUGUCAAUGAUCUAGACAAAAUACUCUAAUGUCAAAGUGGAAGAAUAAUUCUAACAUUUAUUUGUAAAAUUAAUGGAAAAGAAAACACUAAUGUGUCUUUUUAGAUAAGUAUUCAAUCCCCUGAGUCAAAACGUGUUAGAAUCACCUUUUGCAGCGAUUACAGCGUUGAGUCUUUCUGGGUAAGUCUCUAAGAGAUUUGCACACCUGGAUUGUACAAUAUUUGCCCAUUAUUCUUUAAUACAUUAUUCUUUAAAACAUUCUUCAAGCUCUGUCAACAUAGCUUCAAUCUAAGCCUACUAGAAAGUAUGUGCCCUCAGGCCUGGAGGGAAGCAAAAGUAAUUCCGCUACCCAAGAACAGUAAAGCCCCCCUUUACUGGCUCAAAUAGCCGACCAAUCAGCCUGUUACCAACCCUUAGUAAACGUUUGGAAAAAAUGGUGUUUGACCAGAUAAAAUGCUAUUUUACUGUAAAUAAAUUGACAACAGACUUUCAGCACGCUUAUAGGGAAGGACAUUCAACAAGCAUGGUACUUACACAAAUUACUGAUGAUUGACUGAGAGAAAUUGAUGAUAAAAAGAUUGCAGGAGCUGUUUUGUUAGACUUCAGUGCGGCUUUUGACAUUAUCGAUCAUAGUCUGCUGAUGGAAAAAACGUUAUGUGUUAUGGCUUUACACCCCCUGCUAUAUUGUGGAUAAAGAGUUACCUGUCUAACAGAACACAGAGGGUGUUCUUUAAUGGAAGCCUCUCGAACAGAAUUCCCCAGGGAAACUGUCUAGGCCCCUUACUUUUUUCAAUCUUUACUAAUGAUAUGCCAUUGGCUUUGAGUAAAGCCAGUGUGUCUAUGUAUGCGGAUGAAUCAACACUAUACACGUCAGCUACUACAGCGAGUGAAAUCACUGCAACACUUAACAAAGAGCUGUAGUUAGUUUCAGAAUGGGUGGCAAGGAAUAAGUUAGUCCUAAAUAUUUCAAAAACGAAAUGCAUUGUAUUUGGGACAAAUCAUUCAUUAACCCUAAACCUCAACUAAAUCUCUUAAUAAAUAAUGUGGAAAUUUAGUAAGUUGAGGUGACUAAACUGCUUGGAGCAAUCCUGGAUUGUAAACUGUCAUGGUCAAAACAUGUUGAUACAACAGUAGCUAAGAUGGGGAGAAGUCUGUCCAUAAUAAAGUGUUGCUCUGCCUUUUUAACAACACUAUCAACAAGGCAGGUCCUACAGGCCCUAGUUUUGUCGCACCUGGUCUACUGUUCAGUCUUGUGGUCAGGUGCCACAAAGGACCACAGAAAAUUACAAUUGGCUCAGAACAGGGCACCACAGCUGGCCCUUAAAUGUACACGGAGAGCUAACAAUAAUAUGCAUGUAAAUCUCUCAUGGCUCAAAGUUUAGGAGAGAUUGACUUCAUCACUACUUGUUUUUGUAAGAAGUGUUGACAUGCUGAAUGCACCGAGGUGCCUAUUUAAACUACUAGCACACAGCUCGGACACCCAUGCAUACCCCACAAGACAUGCCACCAAAGGUCUCUUCACAAUCCCCAAGUCAAGAACAGACUAUGGGAGGCGCACAGUACUACAGUGAGGGAAAAACGUAUUUGAUCCCCUGCUGAUUUUGUAAGUUUGCCCACUGACAAAGAUAUGAUCUGUCUAUAAUUUUAAUGGUAGGUUUAUUUGAACAGUGAGAGACAGAAUAACACAGAAAAAUCCAGAAAAACGCAUGUCAAAAAUGUUAUAAAUUAAUUUGCAUUUUAAUGAGGGAAAUAAGUAUUUGACCCCUCUGCAAAACAUGACUUAGUACUUGGUGGCAAAACUCUUGUUGGCAAUCACAGAGGUCAGACGUUUCUUGUAGUUGGCCACCAGGUUUCCACACAUCUCAGGAGGGAUUUUGUUCCACUCCUCUUUGCAGAUCUUCUCCCAGUCAUUAAGGUUUCGAGGCUGACAUUUGGCAACUCGAACCUUCAACUCCCUCCACAUAUAUUCUAUGGGAUUAAGGUCUGGAGACUGGCUAGGCCACUCCAGGACCUUAAUGUGCUUCUUCUUGAGCCACUCCUUUCUUGCCUUGGGCGUGUGUUCUGGGUCAUUUUCAUGCUGGAAUACCCAUCCACGACCCAUUUUCAAUACCCUGGCUGAGGGAAGGAGGUUCUCACCCAAGAUUUGACGGUACAUGGCCCCGUCCAUCGUCGCUUUGAUGCGGUGAAGUUGUCCUGUCCCCUUAGCAGAAAAACACCCCCAAAGCAUAAUGUUUCCACCUCCAUGUUUGACGGUGGGGAUGGUGUUCUUGGGGUCAUAGGCAGCAUUCCUCCUCCUCCAAACACGGCAAGUUGAGUUGAUGCCAAAGAGCUCGAUUUUGGUCUCAUCUGACCACAACACUUUCACCCAGUUCUCUUUUGAGUAAUUCAGAUGUUCAUUGGCAAACUUCAGAUGGACAUGUAUAUGUGCUUUCUUGAGCAGGGGGACCAUGCAGGCGCUGCAGGAUUUCAGUCCUUCACGGCGUAGUGUGUUGCCAAUUGUUUUCUUGGUGACUAUGGUCCCAGCUGCCUUGAGAUCAUUGACAAGAUCCUCCCGUGUAGUUCUGGGCUGAUUCCUCACCGUUCUCAUGAUCAUUGCAACUCCACGAGGUGAGAUCUUGCAUGGAGCCCCAGGCCGAGGGAGAUUGACAGUUAUUUUGUGCUUCUUCCAUUUGCGAAUAAUCGUACCAACUGUUGUCACCUUCUCACCAAGCUGCUUGGCGAUGGUCUUGUAGCCCAUUCCAGCCUCGUGUAGGUCUACAAUUUUGUCCCUGACAUCCUUGGAGAGCUCUUUGUUCUUGGCCAUGGUGGAGAGUUUGGAGUCUGAUUGAUUGAUUGCUUCUGUGGACAGGUGUCUUAUAUACAGGUAACAAACUGAAAUUAGGAGCACUCCCUUUAAGAGUGUGCUCCUAAUCUCAGCUCGUUACCUGUAUAAAAGACACCUGGGAGCCAGAAAUCUUUCUGAUUGAGAGGGGGUCAAAUACUUAUUUCCCUCAUUAAAAUGCAAAUCAAUUUACAACAUUUUUGACAUGCGUUUUUCUGGAUUUUUUUGUUGUUAUUCUGUCUCUCACUGUUCAAAUAAACCUACCAUUAAAAUUAUAGACUGAUGAUUUAUUUGUUAGUGGGCAAACGUACAAAAUCAGCAGGGGAUCAAAUACUUUUUCCCCCUCACUGUACAUAGAGCCAUUGCUACAUGGAACUCUAUUCCAUAUCAGGUAACUGAUGCAAGCAUUAGAACCAGAUUUAGAAAACAGAUAAUAUUACAUCUUAUGUAACAGCGGGGACUGUGAAGAGACACAUACAGAGGUACAGACACACACACACACACACACAGGCACACACACGUACACACAGACUUAGUAUUGUAGAUAUGUGGUAGUAGAGUAGUGGCCUGAGGGAACACGUAAUGUGUUGUGAAUAGUGUUAUGAAAUGUAAUGUCAUGUAAUAUAUAGUAAUAGUAAUAGUAAUAUGCCAUUUAGCAGACGCUUUUAUCCAAAGCGACUUACAGUCAUGCGUGCAUACAUUUUUGUGUAUGGGUGGUCCCGGGGAUCGAACCCACUACCUUGGCGUUACAAGCGCCGUGCUCUACCAGCUGAGCUACAGAGGACCACUAUAUUAAAUUGUAUAUAACUGCCUUAAUGUUGCUGGACCCCAGGAAGAGUAGCUGCUGCCUUGGCAGCAGCUAAUGGGGAUCCUUAAUAAAUACAAAUACAAAAGUUGGUUGUUGAUCCUUGCUUAACAGCCAUUUUCAAGUCUUGCCAUAGAUUUUCAAGCAGACAGGAACAUUAAAUGUUGUCUUGGUAAGCAACUCCACUUGGCCUUGUGUUUUAGGUAAUUGUCAUGCUGAAAGGUGAAUUUGUCUCCAAGUGUCACGAUCGUUGACUGAAGACACGGACCAAGGUGCAGUGUGAUAAGCGUACAUACUUUUAUUAACGUACUUAACGACAAAAAUAACAAACAAACGAUACGUGAAGUCCUGAGGAUAUAACACAACAAACCUUUACGGAUCAAGAUCCCACAAAGACUAGUGCAAAACAGGCUGCCUAAGUAUGGUCCCCAAUCAGAGACAACGAGCUACAGCUGCCUCUGAUUGGGAACCACCCUGGCUAACAUAGAUCAAACGAUCUAGAACAAAAACAUAGAAAAACUAAACAUAGCAAAUCCACACUCUGGCUCAACAUUUAAGAGUCCCCAGAGCCAGGGCGUGACAGUACCCCCCCCCCCCCCCCCCAAAGACACACAAACACAAGAGGGUAGGGGCCGAGGCGGAUCCGGCUCCGGGCGUGACUACCACUCUCUCUCCACCCCCCCGUUGCGCCCCUGAUCUGGUCCCGCUGGCCGGAGCUGGACUGGACACCGGUGGAGCGGAUUGCUCUGGCUCCGGAGUGGAUCCGCUGACUGGAGUUGGACCGGACCCCGGUGGAGUGGAUUGCUCUGGCUCCGGAAUGGAGCAGCUGACCGGUGCCGGACCAGGCACCGGUGGAACAGGCACGGGCCGUGCCGGACUGGACACACGCACCACUGGCUUGGUGCGGGGAGCAGGAACAGGCCGGACCGGGCUGGCGACGCGCACCACUGGCUUGGUGCGAGGGACAGGAACAGGCCGGACCGGGCUGGCGACGCGCACCACUGGCUUGGUGCGAGGGACAGGAACAGGCCGGACCGGGCUGGCGACGCGCACCACUGGCUUGGUGCGAGGGGCAGGAACAGGCCGGACCUGGCUGGCGACGCGCACCACUGGCUUGGUGCGGGGAGCAGGAACAGGCCGGACCGGGCUGACGACGUGCACCACUGGCUUGGUGCGGGGAGCAGGAACAGGCCGGACCGGGCUGGCGACGCGCACCACUGGCUUGGUGCGAGGGACAGGAACAGGCCGGACCGGGCUGGCGACGCGCACCACUGGCUUGGUGCGAGGGACAGACACAGGCCGGACCGGGCUGGUGACGCGCACCACUGGCUUGGUGCGGGGAGCAGGAACAGGCCGGACCGGGCUGACGACGCGCACCACUGGCUUGGUGCGGGGACAGGAACAGGCCGGACCGGGCUGGCGACGCGCACCACUGGUUGGUGCGAGGGACAGGAACAGGCCGGACCUGGCUGGCGACGCCCACCACUGGCUUGGUGCGAGGGAUAGGAACAGGCCGGACCGGGCUGGCGACGCGCACCACUGGCUUGGUGCGAGGGACAGGAACAGGCCAGACCGGGCUGGCGACGCGCACCACUGGCUUGGUGCGAGGGACAGGAACAGGCCGGACCGGGCUGGCGACGCGCACCACUGGCUUGGUGCGGGGAGCAGGAACAGGCCGGGCUGGACUGGGAACACGCACCAUUGUCUUGGUGCGGGGAGCCGGAACGGGCCGGGCCGGACUGUGGAGGCGGACUGGAGGUCUGGAUCGGAGAGCUGACACAACCCGUCCUGGCUGAAUGCCUAUUUCCACACAAUAUGUGUGAGGCAUCAGCACAGGACGUACAGGGCUGUGCACUCGUACUGGCGCUACAGCACGUGGCACUGGCGCAGGAUAUACGGGACCGAGGAGGGGUACUGGAGGCCACGAGCGUUGAGCCGGCACACCCCGUCCUGGCUGCAUGCCCACCUUAGCACGAGACAUGCGUGGUGCUAGCACAGGACGUACAGGACUGUGCCGGAACACUCGCAGCACAGUACGUGGCUCCGCCAACCACCCUUUUAGCCCCCCCCAAAAAAAAUAUUGGGGCUGUCUCUCGGGCUUCCUCCCCGGCCGGUACCCUCUGCUUUGCCGCUGCUCCUCUCUGUAGCGCGCCUCCACAGUCUCCUCUCCUGGCUGGGCAUUCACCUUUGCCCAUGGCCCUUUCCCCGCGAAUAUCUCCUCCCAAGACCACCAUUUGCCCACCUGCGACAUCGCCAUCUUCUCCUCCUGGGCACGCUGCUUGGUCCUCUUAUGGUGGGAUCUUCUGUCACGAUCGUUGACUGAAGACACGGACCAAGGCGCAGCGUGAUAAGCGUACAUACUUUUAUUAACGUACUUAACGACAAAAAUAACAAACAAACGAUACGUGAAGUCCUGAGGUUAUAACACAACAAACCUUUACGGAUCAAGAUCCCACAAAGACUAGUGCAAAACAGGCUGCCUAAGUAUGGUCCCCAAUCAGAGACAACGAGCUACAGCUGCCUCUGAUUGGGAACCACCCUGGCUAACAUAGAUCAAACGAUCUAGAACAAAAACAUAGAAAAACUAAACAUAGCAAAUCCACACCCUGGCUCAACAUUUAAGAGUCCCCAGAGCCAGGGCGUGACACCAAGUGUCUGUUGGAAAGCAGACUGAACCAGGUUUUCCUCUUGGAUUUUGCCGGUGCUUAGCUGUAUUAUUAUUUUUUUAUUUUUUUAAUUAUGCCUUAGUCCUUGCCGAUGACAAGCAUACCAAUAACAUGAUGCAGCCGCCAUCAUGCUUGAAAAUAUGAAGAGUGGUACUCAUUGAUGUGUUGUGUUGGAUUUGCCCCAAACAUAACACUUUGUAUUCAGGACAAACGGUUAAUUUCUUUGCCAAUUUUUUGCAGUAUGACUUUAGUGCCUUAUUGCAAACAGGAUGCAUGUUUUGAAAUAUUUUUAUUCUGUACAGGCUUCCUUCUUUUCACUCUGUCAUUUAUGUUAGUAUUGUGGACUAACUACAAUGUUGUUGAUCCAUCCUCAGUUAGCUCCUAUCACAGCCAUUAAACUGUAACUUUUUUAAAGUCACCAUUAGCCUCAUGAUGAAAUCCCUGAGCGGUUUCCUUCAUCUCUGGCAACUGUUAGGAAGGGUGCCUGCAUCUUUGUACUGACUGGGUGUAUUGAUACACCAUCCAAAGACUAAUUUAUAACUGAAUCAUGCUCAAAGGGAUAUUCAAUGUCUGCUUUUUGUUUACCCAUCUACCAAUGGGUGCCCUUCUUUGCGAAGCAUUGGAAAACCACCCUGGUCUUUGUGGUUGAAUCUGUGCUUGAAAUUCACUGCUCGACUGAGGGACCUUACAAUUAUCUGUAUGUGUGGGGUACAGAGAAUGGGUAGUAAUAAAAAAAAUCGUGUUAAACACUAUUAUUGCAUACAGAGUGAGUCCAUGCAACUUAUUAUGUGACUUGUUAAGCACAUUUUUACUACUGAACUUAUUUAGGCUUGCCAUAACAAAAGGGUUGAAUACUUAUUGACUCAAUUUGUAAACAUAAUUCCACUUUGACAUUAUGAGGUAUUGUGUAUAGAUCAGUGACACAAAAUCAAAAUGGUAUCCUUUUAAAAUUUGGGCUGUAACACAACAAAAUAUGGAAAGAGUCAAGGGGUGUGAAUACUUUCUGAAGGCACUGUAACUACUGCUGUACACACCUUUUCUAUUCAUAUACUGUCCAUACUGUCUAUACACAGCAGUAUAUAAUCAUUUUCUGCACCUGCGAUAACAUCUGUUUACCAAUAAACUGUUGAUUUUGAUAGUGCAACACUUUUCGAUAUACCGUAGUUAUGAUUGUGAAUCCUGGUUUUAGGCUCACGGCAGAUUGCGCGGGUUAUGGACAUAUCGAUGACGGACAUUUGUUUUGAGGGUGUAACAAUUUUGUAAUUAUUCACAACAAAUACAAACUCAUAUUGUUGAAAUGGGAUACCUUGGUUCUAUGACUACAGGACCCUAUCAUAUUCUCUCCAGCCUCCUGUUAAGUGUUCUGAGUCUGACAUUUCCAUCCUGAUUCACAGCAACGAGGUUGGUCCUGCCUUCGAGCUGAAGGUGGAGCUCUAUAGCUGUAACAUAGAGGAGGACACCACCCUGGUCAACACCCCAAAGAAACUGGCCAAGAAGUUCAGCAACUCCUUCGGCAGGGCCUCUGGGAGGAAACUCUGCCCCCUGCUGGACGCUGGAGACCCGAUUCUUUCCUGCAGUCCAGCCCAAUACCCCUAUAUGUGUGCUGUUGUUAAGGCCCAGAGUUUUCCAUGGUCACGUCUCGUGGUCAGGAAAAACGAUAGGUGCUGAUUAUACAGUGGGGUCCAGCAUUAUUGGCACCCUUGAUAAAGAUGAGGAAAAAAUACUGUAUAAAAUAAAUAAUACAAAUACUGAGCUAUAUUGUAUGCUCAAACAAAUGGGAAAAUCAUAUUAUUUUAUACUAUUACAACUGCUCAGAGAAAAAUGUUUUGUUUAACAAGUAAAAAACUAAUCUAGAAAGGAUAGGGGUCAAAAUUAAUGGCACCCCUGUUUUCAGUCCUCCAUCACCCUACCCUUGCGAGGAUAAUGACACAGCCUUUUUCUAAAAUGUUUUAUGAGUUUGGAGAACACAUUGUGAGGGAUCUUAGACCAUUCCUCCAUACAGAAUAUUUUCCAGAUCCUUGAUAUCCUUUGUCUGCACUUAUGAAUGCCCUCUUCAAUUCAAACCACAGGUUUUCAAUGACGUUCAAGCCCAGAGACUGAGAUUGUCAUUGCAAAAAAAAUAUUUUGUGUUCAAUUAACCAUUUUUUUGUGGAUUUUAAUGUGUGCUAGCACCGCCUGGAGUUUGAUAAAACGGCAUUGGCACUUCGAUUGGAACCAGUGCUAUGUUUAGAUGACAUGAAAAUAGAGCUCUUUCGCCAUGCACACCAGUGGUGGUGA